AUGACUCCCAAGUACCCCGGGUUUGAGCCGCAGGGCGAUAGCUUACGACGAUGGAUGGAGGAUGCUGAUGAGCCUGGAUGCCCUAUUCCUAGGACCACACUUACUAUCGACGACAUUGAUCCUAAGUUCUGGAUUGUCGGUAUCAUCCCGCAGUUCCUUGAAGACGACUGGAGGUACUGGGCCGGUAUUUUUGGCCUACCAGUUGAUGACCCAGCAAGUAACCAGGAAGCUAUUUAUCGAUUACAAUCAGCCGUUAAACACAAAGGCGAUCUUACACUUUGGAUUGGUCGAACGGGACCAGGCGUGAUAUUCAUGGACGAUCUCAGGAGACAGCAGGUUCCCACGAACUUUUACAUGUCCGAGUUUGCCAAGGCUUUCUAUGAGUCUCAUUUUCCUCUAGAGACCCUGAAGUACGUUAUUGUUACUGAUAUCCGUCAAAAGCACACCAAGCCCUUCAUUCAGGAUCAUAUUUACAAAUCCCGAGAGGGGCUGGAGUUUCCGCCCAAGGAGCCGCAAACUUGGGAGGCUCCUUCGCCGGAGUUUUCGGGCAUUCUUGGUACUCCCAUUGGUAAAGUUGUCGCGGCCUUUGUCUUGUGUGCAUAUGGUCAGGGAGUGAAACGGAUUCCACGGAUCGUGACAUUCCAUACCGGUGAAAACUCGAGUAAAUACAACCUUCGGUUUGAUAUUGAGGAUGUCUGA